UGAGUCUAUAGCAGACCGACUUGAGAGAGAAAAGCCGUAUAAGAUAAGGAAUAUAAUAGAGAAAGAGAUAGGAGCAAGAGAGAGAGAGAGAGAAGAAGAAGCAGCAGAAAUAAGAAAUAUUCCUUCUUGGUAGCUGCCAUAGUUGUAGUUUUAUGGAGUUUUGCUGCUGCUAAAGCCCCCCAAAACCCAGAAUCAAAACGAAGAAGAAAAAGAAAGAAAGAAAGAAAGAAAGAAAAAGAGGGAGAGAGAGAGAGAGAUCUGUAGAAGAAGAGAUGAAGAAGAAGAUGGUGUCAUGCAGAUGUAAACAAUUUUCUAAUCAUCAUCAUCUUCUGGUUUUGUUGUUUUAGCCUUUCUGCUACACAUAAAACAGUGUAACAUCUUGGGAUUUAGCUGUUUUCAGCAAAAUCCUUUUGUUUCUUCUUCUCUCUGUUGCUUGGCUCCUUUAUACAUACAUCCAUAGAUUUUGGCUCUUCUUUAAAUUUGCAGAAAGCUCAAAAAACAAAAUGAUGUCAUCCGAUGAUGCCCUCUCCUCUCUCACUUCCUCCAUGAGAGCCUUCAUUAACAACAACACCAAUCAAGAUCCCAAUCCAAACCCUAAUCCCAAUCCAUCCCCUUCCCCAAACCCUAACCCCAAUCCUUCCAACAAGAGAAAGAGAAAUCUCCCUGGCAAUCCAGAUCCAGAUGCAGAAGUGAUAGCGCUAUCGCCCAAGUCUUUAAUGGCGACGAACCGGUUUAUCUGCGAAAUCUGCAACAAGGGUUUCCAGAGGGACCAGAAUCUGCAGCUGCACAGGAGAGGGCACAAUCUGCCAUGGAAGCUGAAGCAAAGGAACAACAAGGAGGUGAUCAAGAAGAAGGUGUAUAUAUGCCCGGAGAAGAGCUGCGUUCACCAUGACCCGUCUCGAGCUCUCGGGGACCUCACUGGGAUCAAGAAACACUUCAGCAGAAAGCAUGGGGAGAAGAAAUGGAAGUGCGAUAAGUGCUCCAAGAAGUAUGCUGUCCAGUCUGAUUGGAAAGCUCAUAGUAAGAUUUGUGGGACUAGGGAGUAUAAAUGUGACUGUGGAACUCUUUUCUCCAGGAAAGACAGCUUUAUUACACAUAGGGCGUUUUGUGAUGCAUUAGCGGAGGAGAGUGCGAGGUUUACUACUUCUGUCCCGAAUCUCAACUUCCGUAACGAAUUGCUGUCCGCCGGGAAUCCCGGAUUCGGAUCUCACGUUUUCCGGCCGCCGCAGAACGAGGUGAUGAUGGGUGUGGACGCGGCGGGGAAUCAUCAUCAUCAGCUCGGUCUGGACGGGCAGAAGCCGCGGCUGCCGCUUUGGCUGGACUCCAAUAACGCCAACGAGUUCGGCGGCGGCGGCGGCUUAGCUCACGAGCUCCUACAAAUGGCGGCGCCACCGGCGGCUAAUAUGCUGGGUUUGUCUUCGCAGAACCACUGGUUUCACGGCAGCGGCAGCGCGUCUUCGUCGUCGCUACCGCCGGUGAUGAAGGAGGAGGACGAGGGGAAGAUAAGCUCCAUGUUCUACGAGGCGGCGGCGGCGGGGGCUGCGCCGCCGCCGCCGGCUCACAUGUCGGCUACCGCGCUUUUGCAAAAAGCCGCCCAGAUGGGCUCGAGCCGGAGCGGCAACAACACUAGCUCCCCACUUUUCGGCACUGGAUUCGGACUAGUGGGGUCCACCUUGUCUUCCUUAGCGGGCAGUUUCACUUCAAGAAACGAACUUCUUCAUCAUCAACAACAUCAUCAUCAGAACCUCGGAAAGCAACAACCUCAGCCACACGAUCAAACGUUGAAUGGUCUGCAAACCUCAAACGCAUCAACAUUGACCGCACCAGCCAAUAACAACAACAACAACAACACCCAACCAAAUGAUCAUCAUCCUAGCUUGCUAUUGGGGGACAUGAAUUCCUCAUCUUCCUUAGUGGGGGAAAACUCUUCUUCAUCAUUGAUGAUGCAAAACACCAAGGGUAAGCACCUCAAUCACACUCUUCCAAGUGGGAAUAGUGAAGUAGUUGAAGGGAGUUUGACUAGGGAUUUCCUAGGGGUCGGAGGGAGCGAGGGUAGACCCUUUUUUCAACCUCACGAGUUAGUCAAGUUCGCGUCCACUUCAUCGUCCCUGCCUUUGAAUGAUUACUCCCGACACAACUAAUAUAAUACACACUACCUUUUCAAUUCUAUCUCGAUUUUCGAUCUAUUAAUUACUCUUUCUGUCACAUUUUAUGGUGUAAAGUGAGUUUUACAAAUGUUGAGGGUAAUUAUGUGGAAGAUUGAGCAAAGAGCUGAGCAAAAGAGAGGAUUUGGAAA